GAGUGCGCGCGGGGCGCGUGCGCGUCGGGGGCGUGUGUGCGCGCGUGUCAGUGUGCCCCUUCCAAGAAAUGCCCAGUGUGCACCCCGUGCACAAUCAGAACCCAUUCAGCCCAAGCCCGGGGUGGGAGGCGGCGCUGCUGCUGGAGGCGAUGGGGAGAGCGAGACAGACAUGUCAGCAGCAAUGCAGAUGGGGCUGGGGGCCGCACUCGCUGGCGAGUUAAGUGGGAAUUGUGUUUCUGCGUGUGUGUGAGUGUGUGUUGCUGUAUGGUGCCGCUUCUCCCCCCCUUCCUCCUUCCUUCCCACUUCCCUCCUUCGCUCGCUCCCUCCCUCUCUCCUCUUCCAUUCAGGUUGGCUUUCCCACCUCUCAUCCGUGCCUGUCCCAGGAAUGGUAUAGCCAGACCUUUUCUGAAUUAUUUAUAGACCGGUACCAGCUGUUUUCAAUUCCUCUCGUGUGCACUCUGUGGGAAAUGCGGGGUUUCCUCCCCCCUUUCCUUAAAACGAAUUGAUAUCUUUUUCGGAAUGCAUUUUUCUCACCCUCCGGGGGACACGCGAAUCAAGCCCUGACCGCCUCUUUUUCCCCCUUAGGAAGGGGACGCUUUGGGAAUGACCAUGCUCCACCGAGGGACGGAGCCGGCCCCCAGCUUCUCCACACAGAGCCUCCUCCACUAACGCUCCAAAAACCAAAAACCGUAAUUGCCAGAAGAAGCGUUAAAAAUCUAUUCCAGCCACUAACCUCACAUGCACACGGAAUAAUUACUCUGGAUUCUGCAUUGUGAGCUGCUCUCCAUACCCUGAAUUACCUUUGAAUUAAAUCUUUUUUUUUUUGAAUUUGCAUCUCUUCAAGACACAAGAUUAAAACAAAAUUUACGCUAAAUUGGAUUUUAAAUUAUCUUCCGUUCAUUUAUCCUUCGUCUUUCUUAUGUGGAUAUGCAAGCGAGAAGAAGGGACUGGACAUUCCCAACAUGCUCACUCCCUUAAUCUGUCCGUCUAGAGGUUUGGCUUCUACAAACCAAGGGAGUCGACGAGUUGAAGAUGAAGCCCAGAGCGGAGUGCUGUUCUCCCAAGUUCUGGUUGGUGUUGGCCGUCCUGGCCGUGUCAGGCAGCAGAGCUCGUUCUCAGAAGAGCCCCCCCAGCAUUGGCAUUGCUGUCAUCCUCGUGGGCACUUCCGACGAGGUGGCCAUCAAGGAUGCCCACGAGAAAGAUGAUUUCCACCAUCUCUCCGUGGUACCCCGGGUGGAACUGGUAGCCAUGAAUGAGACCGACCCAAAGAGCAUCAUCACCCGCAUCUGUGAUCUCAUGUCUGACCGGAAGAUCCAGGGGGUGGUGUUUGCUGAUGACACAGACCAGGAAGCCAUCGCCCAGAUCCUCGAUUUCAUUUCAGCACAGACUCUCACCCCCAUCCUGGGCAUCCACGGGGGCUCCUCUAUGAUAAUGGCAGAUAAGGAUGAGUCCUCCAUGUUCUUCCAGUUUGGCCCAUCAAUUGAACAGCAAGCUUCCGUAAUGCUCAACAUCAUGGAAGAAUAUGACUGGUACAUCUUUUCUAUCGUCACCACCUAUUUCCCUGGCUACCAGGACUUUGUAAACAAGAUCCGCAGCACCAUUGAGAAUAGCUUUGUGGGCUGGGAGCUAGAGGAGGUCCUCCUACUGGACAUGUCCCUGGACGAUGGAGAUUCUAAGAUCCAGAAUCAGCUCAAGAAACUUCAAAGCCCCAUCAUUCUUCUUUACUGUACCAAGGAAGAAGCCACCUACAUCUUUGAAGUGGCCAACUCAGUAGGGCUGACUGGCUAUGGCUACACGUGGAUCGUGCCCAGUCUGGUGGCAGGGGAUACAGACACAGUGCCUGCGGAGUUCCCCACUGGGCUCAUCUCUGUAUCAUAUGAUGAAUGGGACUAUGGCCUCCCCGCCAGAGUGAGAGAUGGAAUUGCCAUAAUCACCACUGCUGCUUCUGACAUGCUGUCUGAGCACAGCUUCAUCCCUGAGCCCAAAAGCAGUUGUUACAACACCCAUGAGAAGAGAAUCUACCAGUCCAAUAUGCUAAAUAGGUAUCUGAUAAACGUCACUUUUGAGGGGAGGAAUUUGUCCUUCAGUGAAGAUGGUUACCAGAUGCACCCGAAACUGGUGAUAAUUCUUCUGAACAAGGAGAGGAAGUGGGAAAGGGUGGGGAAGUGGAAAGACAAGUCCCUGCAGAUGAAGUACUAUGUGUGGCCCCGAAUGUGUCCAGAGACUGAAGAGCAGGAGGAUGACCAUCUGAGCAUUGUGACCCUGGAGGAGGCACCAUUUGUAAUUGUGGAAAGUGUGGACCCUCUGAGUGGAACCUGCAUGAGGAACACAGUCCCCUGCCAAAAACGCAUAGUCACUGAGAAUAAAACAGACGAGGAGCCGGGUUACAUCAAAAAAUGCUGCAAGGGGUUCUGUAUCGACAUCCUUAAGAAAAUUUCUAAAUCUGUGAAGUUCACCUAUGACCUUUACCUGGUUACCAAUGGCAAGCAUGGGAAGAAAAUCAAUGGAACCUGGAAUGGUAUGAUUGGAGAGGUGGUCAUGAAGAGGGCCUACAUGGCAGUGGGCUCACUCACCAUCAAUGAGGAACGAUCGGAGGUGGUCGACUUCUCUGUGCCCUUCAUAGAGACAGGCAUCAGUGUCAUGGUGUCACGCAGCAAUGGGACUGUCUCACCUUCUGCCUUCUUAGAGCCAUUCAGUGCUGACGUAUGGGUGAUGAUGUUUGUGAUGCUGCUCAUCGUCUCAGCCGUGGCUGUCUUUGUCUUUGAGUACUUCAGCCCUGUGGGUUAUAACAGGUGCCUCGCUGAUGGCAGAGAGCCUGGUGGACCCUCUUUCACCAUCGGCAAAGCUAUUUGGUUGCUCUGGGGUCUGGUGUUUAACAACUCCGUACCUGUGCAGAACCCAAAGGGGACCACCUCCAAGAUCAUGGUGUCAGUGUGGGCCUUCUUUGCUGUCAUCUUCCUGGCCAGCUACACUGCCAACUUAGCUGCCUUCAUGAUCCAAGAGGAAUAUGUGGACCAGGUUUCUGGCCUGAGCGACAAAAAGUUCCAGAGACCUAAUGACUUCUCACCCCCUUUCCGCUUUGGGACCGUGCCCAACGGCAGCACAGAGAGAAAUAUUCGCAAUAACUAUGCAGAAAUGCAUGCCUACAUGGGAAAGUUCAACCAGAGGGGUGUAGAUGAUGCAUUGCUCUCCCUGAAAACAGGGAAACUGGAUGCCUUCAUCUAUGAUGCAGCAGUGCUGAACUAUAUGGCAGGCAGAGAUGAAGGCUGCAAGCUGGUGACCAUUGGCAGUGGGAAGGUCUUUGCUUCCACUGGCUAUGGCAUUGCCAUCCAAAAAGAUUCUGGGUGGAAGCGCCAGGUGGACCUUGCUAUCCUGCAGCUCUUUGGAGAUGGGGAGAUGGAAGAACUGGAAGCUCUCUGGCUCACUGGCAUUUGUCACAAUGAGAAGAAUGAGGUCAUGAGCAGCCAGCUGGACAUUGACAACAUGGCAGGGGUCUUCUACAUGUUGGGGGCGGCCAUGGCUCUCAGCCUCAUCACCUUCAUCUGCGAACACCUUUUCUAUUGGCAGUUCCGACAUUGCUUUAUGGGUGUCUGUUCUGGCAAGCCUGGCAUGGUCUUCUCCAUCAGCAGAGGUAUCUACAGCUGCAUCCAUGGGGUGGCGAUCGAGGAGCGCCAGUCUGUAAUGAACUCCCCCACCGCAACCAUGAACAACACACACUCCAACAUCCUGCGCCUGCUGCGCACGGCCAAGAACAUGGCUAACCUGUCUGGUGUGAAUGGCUCACCGCAGAGCGCCCUGGACUUCAUCCGACGGGAGUCAUCCGUCUAUGACAUCUCAGAGCACCGCCGCAGCUUCACGCAUUCUGACUGCAAAUCCUACAACAACCCGCCCUGUGAGGAGAACCUCUUCAGUGACUACAUCAGUGAGGUAGAGAGAACGUUCGGGAACCUGCAGCUGAAGGACAGCAACGUGUACCAAGAUCACUACCACCAUCACCACCGGCCCCAUAGUAUUGGCAGUGCCAGCUCCAUCGAUGGGCUCUACGACUGUGACAACCCACCCUUCACCACCCAGUCCAGGUCCAUCAGCAAGAAGCCCCUGGACAUCGGCCUCCCCUCCUCCAAGCACAGCCAGCUCAGUGACCUGUACGGCAAAUUCUCCUUCAAGAGCGACCGCUACAGUGGCCACGACGACUUGAUCCGCUCCGAUGUCUCUGACAUCUCAACCCACACCGUCACCUAUGGGAACAUCGAGGGCAAUGCCGCCAAGAGGCGUAAGCAGCAAUAUAAGGACAGCCUGAAGAAGCGGCCUGCCUCGGCCAAGUCCCGCAGAGAGUUUGACGAGAUCGAGCUGGCCUACCGUCGCCGACCGCCCCGCUCCCCUGACCACAAGCGCUACUUCAGGGACAAGGAAGGGCUACGGGACUUCUACCUGGACCAGUUCCGAACAAAGGAGAAUUCACCCCACUGGGAGCACGUGGACCUGACCGACAUCUACAAGGAGCGGAGUGAUGACUUUAAGCGCGACUCCGUCAGUGGAGGAGGGCCCUGUACCAACAGGUCUCACAUCAAGCACGGGACGGGCGACAAACACGGCGUGGUCAGCGGGGUACCUGCACCUUGGGAGAAGAACCUGACCAACGUGGAGUGGGAGGACCGGUCCGGGGGCAACUUCUGCCGCAGCUGUCCCUCCAAGCUGCACAACUACUCCACGACGGUGACGGGUCAGAACUCGGGCAGGCAGGCGUGCAUCCGGUGUGAGGCUUGCAAGAAAGCAGGCAACCUGUAUGACAUCAGCGAGGACAACUCCCUGCAGGAACUGGACCAGCCGGCUGCCCCAGUGGCGGUGACGUCAAACGCCUCCACCACUAAGUACCCUCAGAGCCCGACUAAUUCCAAGGCCCAGAAGAAGACCCGGAACAAACUGCGCCGGCAGCACUCCUACGACACCUUCGUGGACCUGCAGAAGGAAGAAGCCGCCCUGGCCCCGCGCAGCGUAAGCCUGAAAGACAAGGGCCGAUUCAUGGAUGGGAGCCCCUACGCCCACAUGUUUGAGAUGUCAGCUGGCGAGAGCACCUUUGCCAACAACAAGUCCUCAGUGCCCACUGCCGGACAUCACCACCACAACAACCCCGGCGGCGGCUACAUGCUCAGCAAGUCGCUCUACCCUGACCGGGUCACGCAAAACCCUUUCAUCCCCACUUUUGGGGACGACCAGUGCUUGCUCCAUGGCAGCAAAUCCUACUUCUUCAGGCAGCCCACGGUGGCGGGGGCGUCGAAAGCCAGGCCGGACUUCCGGGCCCUUGUCACCAACAAGCCGGUGGUCUCGGCCCUUCAUGGGGCCGUGCCAGCCCGUUUCCAGAAGGACAUCUGUAUAGGGAACCAGUCCAACCCCUGUGUGCCUAACAACAAAAACCCCAGGGCUUUCAAUGGCUCCAGCAAUGGGCAUGUUUAUGAGAAACUUUCUAGUAUUGAGUCUGAUGUCUGAGUGAGGGAACAGAGAGGUUAAGGUGGGUACGGGAGGGUAAGGCUGUGGGUCGUGUGAUGCGCAUGUCACGGAGGGUGACGGGGGUGAACUUGGUUCCCAUUUGCUCCUUUCUUGUUGUUUUAAUUUAUUUAUGGGAUCCUGGAGUUCUGGUUCCUACUGAGGGCAACCCUGGUGACCAGCACCAUCUCUCCUCCUUUUCACAGUUCUCUCCUUCUUCCCCCCGCUGCUUCAGCCAUUCCUGUUCCCAUGAGAUGAUGCCAUGGGCCCUCUCAGCAGGGGAGGGUAGAGCGGAGAAAGGAAGGGCUGCAUGCGGGCUUCCUCCUGGUGUGGAAGAGCUCCUUGAUAUCCUCUUUGAGUGAAGCUGGGAGAACCAAAAAGAGGCUAUGUGAGCACAAAGGUAGCUUUUCCCAAACUGAUCUUUUCAUUUAGGUGAGGAAGCAAAAGCAUCUAUGUGAGACCAUUUAGCACACUGCUUGUGAAAGGAAAGAGGCUCUGGCUAAAUUCAUGCUGCUUAGAUGACAUCUGUCUAGGAAUCAUGUGCCAAGCAGAGGUUGGGAGGCCAUUUGUGUUUAUAUAUAAGCCAAAAAAUGCUUGCUUCAACCCCAUGAGACUCGAUAGUGGUGGUGAACAGAACAAAAGGUCAUUGGUGGCAGAGUGGAUUCUUGAACAAACUGGAAAGUACGUUAUGAUAGUGUCCCACGGUGCCUUGGGGACAAGAGCAGGUGGAUUGUGCAUGCAUGUGUGUUCAUGCACACUUGCACCCACGUGUAGUCAGGUGCCUCAAGAGAAGGCAACCUUGACUCUUUCUAUUGUUUCUUUCAAUAUCCCCAAGCAGUGUGAUUGUUUGGCUUAUAUACAGACAGAGAUGGCCAUGUGUUACCUGAAUUUUGGCUGUGUCUCCCUUCAUCCUUCUUGAAUAAGGAGAAUGAAAAUUCUUGAUAAAGAAGAUUCUGUGGUCUAAACAAAAAAAGGUGGUGAGCAAUCCUGCAAGAGCAAGGUACAUAAACAAGUCCUCAGUGGUUGGCAAUUGUUUCAACCAGUUUGAACCAAGAACUUUCCAGGAAGGCUAAAGGGAAACAGAAUUUUCACAGCCAUGAUUCUUUUGCCCACACUUGGGAGCAAAAGAUUCUACAAAGCUCUUUUGAGCAUUUAGACUCUCCACUGGCCAAGGUUUGGGGAAGAACGAAGCCACCUUUGAAGAAGUAAGGAGUCGUGUAUGGUAGGGUAAGUGAGAGAGGGGGAUGUUUCCAAUGCUUUGAUCCCUUCUUACUUAACCUGAAGCUAGAAGAGCAGGCUUCUUCCCCCCAAAACUGAUUACAACUGCUACAGAGCAGACAGUUAAGAGAAGUGAGCUUGACAUUUAAGAGAAAUGAGCUGCACUCCAUGAGUGCAGCUCUGGAGGUACGAAAAGAGGGGAAGAGACUUGGAAAUGGGAGACGGGGGCAGAGGGGAACCCUCCACCACCUCUUUGGGCCUGGCUCCCUGGGAAUGUGACUUGAGCCCAGAGUGAACACUCUUGGUAGAAGCCCUUCUACCUUCCUGCAACACCUUGUUUCCCUCUCAGAUUGUACCAUUGAGGAAUAAAAAAAGAUAUACAUGUAUAAAACUCCGGGGAUGAGGGUACCGGCAGAACUGAUGCUCCCUUCACUUAACAUUGGAAAAUUGAGAAGGGAAAUGAAUAUGUGUCACUGCCGGUCCUGAAACUUGCGGUAGGGCUAUUCUAUGGGUCAGUUCCACUGUCCUGCCAUCCUCCCCUACACAGGGUGGCAUCCAGAGAGCCCCGGGUCUGUGUGGAAGCUUGACUGCAGGAUUGCCAUGUUGCACACAGGACACAUAAACCAGAAAGGUGCUCAUCCUCCUCUGGAAGGAAGCUGCCAUGUCUCUUCAAGUCACUCCCUCCAGGGCUGAUCUUCGCCCGUUUGCCCUCACUCGUGACCCUUCCUCAUCCCGCCCUUGACUGCUGUCCCCAACCCUCCUCCUUGAUUUUUACCUCAGUAUCUUUCAUUUUAAAGCCAACUGAAGGCCUUGUAAAGCUUUGUUUUCUUUCUAAAAUGAACAUGGGGGCAAGGGGCUGAACCUCUCACAGAUUUGGAGAGAGGAGCACGGAGUGCUUUACCUUAGAUAACAGGAAAGACUGAGAGAGGACAGAGGGCGUGAGGCACCUCCAGGAGGAAGAAGGCGAAGGGCCACGUAAACACUGCUUCACCCUGAUUCUGUCCAGGGGUCAGGGACUCACCCCCUCAUCUUCCUCUUACCUCACCCCUUUCAAACAAAAAAACCAAACCAACUAACCUAGCGAACAGCAAUCUAGAACCAAGGGAGCUCUUUCAGUCUCCGCUGGCAACAGAAAUCAAGAUGGUGUUUAUUUCAUAUGUAAAUAUUUUGUUUUCUAAUUAAUUUUGUAUAGAUAAAGUGUUCUCUUGUGAGUAUUCAGGGUGUUGGGCUGGAGGGAGUGGGGUGGGGAUGGGAAUGAGAGGGAAAAAGUGUUUUGUUAUGGGUUUUCAUUUUCCAUUGGGGGAAUUGUUUUGUAUGGCUUUUGCUUCAGGGUGUCUGGAAAAAGUGAAUGCCCAUGGAGGCCACUAUGGUGAAAAAGCCAGGGGAAAGUAAUUGUGUCCAUCCCCCCCCAGAAAACCAGUCUUCUUACUGGUUUGUGAGAAAUGUUCAUGCACUUUGGCCAGGGUUUUACAUAGGGUUCAGUUUGGCUCUAAGCAAACCCCAGGUCUGACUCCUAUCUUCUAGGUAGACCCUAGGUUACCACAUUCCACACAAAGACAGGCUGGUGGCACCAUAUUUCCUCUGUCAGUACCUAGGGUAGGAAAGAUUCCCAAAAGGGCUUAAACAGAAUUAAGGUCAAAUUAACUUCCCAUUCUUGGCGUGACUGAAAGGUUUCAGGAAGCUCAAUCCUGAGAAAUCUCCCAGCGGCCUCCUCUGAUGCUGAAACAAUCAUCUCAGUCAUCUGAGUCUUCUUUAGGACCUGGGCGCUGACUCACUCCCUACCCCAUCUCCACCCUCAGAAAUCAGCCUGGCAAACACACGUGGAAAAAUCUCCACUAACUCUACUUUUUGAAGCAUGUGAUAUCUGGUCACAGAGAGGUAGUGCUGGAUAUGUGUCUUACAAAGUUGCAUGCUUUUCUAGAAAAGAUGAUGGGAUCCACUAAAAACUCAGUGGUGAGAUGAUUCCCUUAGCAAGACUGCUGAAGUUAGGUUUAGACGUGGGAGGGUGGGUAUGUGAGCAAUGGUGCCAAUAGCGGCUCUUUAUUUGCCUUGUCCUCAUUACUGCCAUCAGGAAGGUGCUACUGGCCUCGAGCCAGGUGUUCAUAAUCUGGCCUUGGGUUAACCAGACAAAUAGAACUUCUUUUCCUAGACUGUUGGCUUUGUGGAGGUUGGCAGCCUCUAUCACAGGAUAAAAUUUCCAAAUCCAUUUACCCAGUAUAUUCACGACAUUUUUUCCUAUCCUCCCAUCAUAAAAGCUGUUAGCUGGAUAAUUUUAUUUUUCUAAACUUAUUUGGCCCCAAUUGGUUGCUUUUCUUCAACUGGAUAUUUGCAUUGGGACUAAGUUACUCAUGGUCUGCUUAAGAAAACUUAAAGAAAGGAAGGCUGGGCAUUGUUAAAAUCUAGAUGUUACUUAAUUCCAGAAUAACAAGCAAGUAAAAUGCAUGAGGAAGAAUUCAGCUAUAAGCCCAAUCUAUAUCACAGAUGGGUAUGAAACAACACCCAAUCCAUCCAAAACUGUGAGAUUCCUCAGAUACCCUCAGGAGCACCUAAUAUUCCCAUGUUCUUCAGAAUCCAUGCUUUCUCUCUUUGUACCCUCUAUCAUUCCCUUCCAUUGCAGAAGUGGUUGGUGAGUGUGGUCCUGUAUGAACUCCUUUCAGUGGCAAUGCUUAAAUCUCAGCAUUUCCACUGACAAUAAUCUGACCCUUGAAUUUGCCUGAGUCGAGACUUUGCACACCCUUCAAAGUGAUGCAUGUACAGUGGACUUUGUUAUUUCAAAAUCUGUCACUGUUUAUCCUCAGCCAGAACUUGGGAAACAUCCUUCAUGUAUUUCCCUGCACUGGCCACAGCCAUGUUGUGAUUGAGGGGAAAAUCCCAAAUGAUUCCAUUAAAUGUUGCUGGUGUCAGUAGUGCCAAAAACGCAUGUAUGACAUGAUACAGUAGGAGUUGUCUAUACAGUUAAGUGACUAUCACCCACCCGGUCUUCCGUGGCCAUCAGGAGUUGCCCAAGGGAGAAUUCUCUGCAGAGUGCUGGUCACCUGCACAUGUCACUAAGAACUAGGUUUCUUUGGUUCUUUUUUUUUUUUUUUUUUGGUCGGUUUUUAGUUAGUUAGUUCAAGAUUUAGAGACAGAAUAACCAGAUUGUUUGGGCAAUAAGCUUUUGGAAAAACUAUUCCAGAACUCACUUUAUUCUUUCAAUCAUCAUCUCUCUAAAAAGGCCCUGUCAUUGCUUGACACCCUGUGAAUGUCUGUUUUUGUAUGUUAGGAAUGAUUCAGAUGUGUGCAUAAAUGAUGUCACUGCAGUGAUAUUGAUGAAUGCAUUCAGCAUUUCCAGGGACUGUGGCCAUACCUUAUGUGCUCUCUGAGCCCAAAGCCAUAUAGGAAAUACAUGCUCAGUAGGCUGCUACACACUACAGCAGAGCUUUUGCUUUCUUCACUUGGGUGUCAGAGACUUUUCCUCCUGUUUAAGGAGCUCUUCAUGGAGGAGAAGCAGCUGAAAAGUGAAUAGUCACACUGGGAUGGGUCUGGCCUUAUGUAUGCUAUGUGGUCCAUGGUGUGUUGAAGGUCCUGAAAAGGUCUUUUUCAUUUCCCACCCCACUGCAACUACCGCCUUCCCACACAGAUUUGUUGCUUUAGCACUGAGCUGAGCUGUCUGUCAUUCGAAUGAAAGUAAUCCCAGGAAAGGUGACAUAUUAAGCCAUAUUAGGGAUGUAUACAUUUAAUCACCUAAUUUACAUUAGGAAUCUCACUUCUUUUCCUGGGAAUAAGUUAUGAUACAAGAGAAGAGGAAGGGAGCAGAGAGCACUGAGAGCAAUAGAGUAGGGAACAAGGAUACAGGUUCUAGAUGGCAAAGACAUUUAAACCAUAUUUUGGCCUCCACCUGCUUUUAUUUAAGCCUCAUGUGACACCUAAAUAGGACUCCUGGUUAGGAAUUAUUUUCAAUACACAAUCAUAUGAGUGUAUAAUUUAUGAAUUUCUAAAUUCAGUAUCUUGUAGGGCAGGUUGAGAACUAUGAUUCUUUCCAUAGAAAAUAGAAGAGUGAUGCUUCUCCUCCAUUAUAUGUUACUGAGUAGGCAGCUAGAAAAAUCAAAUUGAAUUAAUGAUACAAUAAAAUUUACUGUCAUUGUCUGGUUUCUGUCCCAGUUUAAUUAAUCUUCCAAUUAGCUGAGUUGGUCUAUAUCCUAUAAUUUCCACCUCCAUAGGGGGUGCCCUGUUAUCUGGUAAAAGAGCCACUUAUGACCUCAGGUGCUACUUAACCUGGGGGGCAAUUGUUUCUUAGGCCUAGCAGAUGUUUGGGAUGACACUAAAAUGGCAGAUUAGUCAGUCGGAGCAUGUCUAAUAUUGAUCUGAAUCUAGCAUUCUAUUCUAGUUUGGGGGGUGGGGUUGCAGUAUUGUAUAAAAUCAUAGGAUAUCUGAGAACAUCCCACCCUCAACUCAUUCCAACCACAUUGAUUCAGUCACACAGUGGCCCUGUGAGCUCUAUGACUUAGAAGAGAUAGCCUAUCUAUUCCCAUGACAAAGGCCCUCACCCAAAACCUUAAAUUGAAAGCCAGUGCUGCUACUUUCAUGCCUUGGAGAGAACUGUGAAGUUUAGGGCUUCUCAUUUACAAUAUUGAAGCAAGAAAAAAGAAUUUUGUUCAGAGUAAUGGGUUAGAAUAGCAGUACUGGGAAUAAGUAGGGAAAGUUAGAAAUCUUCCACAUUUCUCUCUACAUCUCUCAAGAGCUCCGUACAGUGAGUUUCUGGAGCUGCUUCAUGCUUUGAAUAUAAUUGCUGGGGUGAUUAUGUGGUUAAGGGCUCCUGAAAGAACUGAAGGUGAAAAGCAGAGUAGAUGAGUAGAAUUCCUCAGAGCCUUGGCACUCUGGUGUGUAGAAUCUGUGUUUUGGAGAAGGUGAAAGAACUCAGUGCAAGAAUUAAGGUACAAUUAAAAAGCACAACACUAAGCCCAAUUUAAACUGUUAUUUUAAAGAUUAGGUUUCCACACUUUAAACCUGAACUCUUUUAUCGGUAAUUAUUUUAAUGUUGUGAUUUAGGGGGUGGAGCAGAUUCUAGUACUAUGCAGGAGAAAAAAAUAAAAGCUCUCUGGUUAAAUAUGUGAGUUUAAUUAAACCAACGUCUAUUGUGCACGUACUAUGUCCCUAGGCUAGUUCUGUGAAUGAUAUAAAAGGUUUCAAAAUGGAGUAUAUUGUACUCACGUAGAAUAUAUGAAAGCAUAAGUAUAAAAUAUGUAAAUGUAUGUAUAAAUAGGUAUGCAUACAUUUGUAUGAUUAUACAUGCAAGUUUAAUAUUUUCUGGUUUCAGGGUAGGAGUCAAAGAUAUCCAUUAUGCUAUUUGAAAAAACAUAGCAGAGAUUCAGCUUCCCAUGUCAUGGCCAGGCCUGGACUUAUUCUUUUGAAAUUAUUACACCUCCCAGAGCUAAAACUCUGGGAUUUCCUCUCUAACCACAACCUUGCCUUUUCUAUAUCUUCCUUCCUUCAAGACCCCUCUGUUGUUCUGGUCCAUAAAUCCAUCAGGCCUCAUUGAAUUCCCUCUUUGGUCUAACCCUGUAUUUACCCACAUUAGCAAUAUUCUCACUGGCAAUUCCUUUUUCCUCUUGCCAUCUCACUACACCAACCAUGCUUAGCUAACUGCAUCCCAUCCCCUUGUCAUUCAUUGCAUCCCCAAGAAGAGCAAGUCUUAAACCUAUGUGAAGAGCACAAAUUCAAUCAAUUUAACCUCACCUGAAGCCUACUCACUUGGACUUUUUAAUUUCUCCAAUGUUGACUCAGUGUCACAUUCUGUGCUUGAUAAAUUUGUUUUAUUUUCCUUUCAUGUUCAUGUCCUGUCUUUCAACAGGCAAUCUUUCCUACUGUGUUCACAAGAAAAUCUGAUUAUUGAAUCCUCACAUAUGCUGUCCUCUCUGCCUGUAGAUUUCUCUUGUCUUUCACACAUCUUUUCCAUCCUUUCUCCCAACCAAGUGCUCCUCUUCCCUAUGCUCUGACCUCUUCUGAGGUGCUCUCCAGCCAAUUGUAUUUCUCUCUUUUGCAUCUUUAAUUCCUUCCACACAUCUACCUGCAACUAUCUCAAAAACACCCGUCCUACAACUAUCUCUAAAGACAAAUCUCUCAAUCCAAUUUGACUCUUGGAUUUCUGUCCUAUCGCUAUCUUUUCACUUCCCAACUUCUCAAAAGGGUAGUCUUUCUUUCUCCACUUCCUCACCUUAUGCUCAUGGCUUCAUCAAUGGGCUACACCCUACCACUCUUCUGAAACUACUCUCAGGCAACGUUCCAAUGAAGUUCUUGUUACAAAAGUCAAUAGCCUUUUUUCUUUACUUACCCUGCUCUUCAACCUCAUUGACAAUUACCAUUGGGAGGCAAUACAUUCUGGUUUUAAUCUUAGUUCUCUGGUCCUCUAACCUCAUUGGUUCCUGCUCUUCCUCUUAUCUCCUUAGCAUUGACUUGCCAUGGUAUAUCUGAGCUUGACCCUCUUCUCCUUAUCUUAAUGCUUCUGUAGCAAUCUUUCUGUCUUCUAUGAUUUCAAUAACUCUUUGAAUGAAGAUGAAUCCCAAAUCUUCACUUUUAGCCCCUACCUUUUGCUUUUCCUUCAUACACAUACUUCCAGUCACCUUCUGAACACUCAACUUCAUCUUGACUCAAAUAUCCAAAACCAUUGCUGCAAACCAACAUAAUCAGCAAGUUCCUCCUUUUGCUUAAUGGUAUCACCAUGUCUUCCAUCACCGAACUCAAGCUUUUCAGGCACUUUUGCCUCCUCCAUUUUCUUCAUCCUGCAUAUCUAAAGAUUUGAAAAGCCUACUAAUUCUUCCCCCUAAGGUUUCCAGUCUUUCCUUUUCAUUCAGACCCUUCCUUCUAGUCUGGAUUAUUUCAGCGUCUUUUAGCAUUGUUCCAAUAUUUUUUAUUUGAAUCUACUCUUGUCAGUACUCACUUCCUAAAUAUAAAUCAGAUGUCAUUCUUCAGAUCAAGAAACAACCUUCAGUGGGCUUCACUUGCCGUAGUCUGCCAGCAAUAAUUUCUUGUUACUUGACUAUGUGUGUGUCCCAUAAUCCAGACAAGCUGAAUAACAUUUGUUCACCUUUCCCUACCAGCUUGUUUUCCCACUUGUGUCUUCCCUUAAACUGUUCCCUUUGUCCAAAAUACUCUCCUUCCUAUCUCCCAUCUCACUCCCUUCUUGAAUAAUAUCCAUUCCCUCUAUAUAAGUCUUCAAAGACCAGAACAACUUCUUUAUCUUCCAUUCAGAAAAUAAUUUUAGGCAUUUUAUGAAUGCCCAUAACACUUUCGUUGUGUCUCCCUAGUGGCAGCUAUCAUGGGCCAUCUUAUUUCAUAGGUAUUUGGUUAUACAUCUCAUCUCUCCUGCUACAGCAUAAGCUCCCUGUGUUCAGGGCCAUGUAUUUUUAAAUCUUUUUAUCUCCUGUAGCACUAAACAGAGUGCCUUGUAUAUGAAAGGCAUUAGUAAAUAUUUGAUAUUAUUAUAAAUUAUAAUUGAGAAGGAGUCACUUUAUUUUGCCCAUUUGUAUCUGCAGUAGCACCUAAGGAUGAAUCCCCCCAGUUUCUCUAUAUAUAUCUGCACACACAAUCACAUGUAUAUACUACAUGUAUACAGUUCAUUAUUUCAAAUGGAAUCUGGAUGUUUCUAAGUGCUUUGUCCUUUUUCUAAGUGCUUUGUCCUUUGAAGUUGUUUUGGACUGUUUUAUGGUUAGGAAAGUGUACUUGGAACACUACCUGUGUUCAAGUAAGUGACAGAGGGAGAAACUAUGAAGGAUAUUGAUCAAAUUUUAGGUAUCAACUUUUCAGAUGCUUUGGGUAGAGCUUGUAUCCAGACACUUUACUACCAAGAUUGAGUCUCUAAUAACCUGAUCCAUGCUGGGACUGAUCUGUGAUCCAAUAUUUAGCUUCUUUUUUAACACUUGCAACACCAAAAGAACCUUGUCACAGUUCUGGCUCACUAAUCACACAGCCUUGUAGACCCCAGGUGGUGGUCCAACAGGACCACUGUAUUUCACUACACGCUACUUCCACAUUUGUGGCCUUGGGGGAACUGUCUGUGCUGGUCACCACCUUGUCUUUAUAUUUCAUUUCUUUCCUGAGUUCUUUGGCUUCUCACCCUUUCUGAGGCUUUGUCUACAGGAUCACUUCUCCAAAAGGGAGGAUAAGAGUUGAGGUAAUUGAGCACUUUACCUCUUAUCUGUAUAUUUACAAUGAAAGUAAGUUAGGAUUUGAAUGAGCUGGCUCAGAGAGAAUGCUAGUCUCUAAACUACUCCUUUCUCUGUAAAUAUAAAGGGAUUCAUUACCUCAGGGGGAGACAACAUCACUUCUGACCUUAUGGCCCUCCCUUAUCCUCUGGUCCCUGUAUUCUUGAAGCCCUGUUAACCCUUCCUCCUCCUCUCUUGCCUCUACUUAGCAAUCGAUCAUUCUUUCUAGCCAGUGUCAGUCUCUGUCCCUCUGAAGAAACUCUUGGAGCUCGUACUGUCCUUUCACUUCAGCUGCUCUGGUAACCGAUAAUGUUUCCGUUCCUUCUCCUGGCCAGCCUUCUCUGUAAAUCUCAUUAUGCCAUUGGCUAUGAAUUAUUCCCCUUUGGGAGGCAUCUUCUGCCACUGUGUGCUAAUUUAAAGCAUACUAUAGAGAACUGAACUCAAAUAAGUUACAGGCAGUGACAAGUCUCUUUUUUUAAAAAAAGCGAAGAAAGUCCACUCUUCAUUGAGACAGGAGUGGGUAGGACAAUUAUUAUUGGCAAGGUAGGGCAAAACUUGUGACAACUUGGGAGAUACCUAGUGAAAAUUAAAAUAUAAGUCUAGAGAGAUAAUUUUGCUCUUCAAAAGUCCUAUUGGGUCUAGAUAGCCUUGCUCCUGAAAAUGAGAAUAGUUAAUAUUUUAGAGAAAAACCCAUUUCAUUAUACUAUGAGACUUUUUUUUUUAGCUGAUGAAACAAAUCGUCUGGUAAACAGCUGGUGGGAGGGUAGGAAGAUAGCCAUCCUCAUGAAGGACGUUCAUGAAUCUCAUUUGGGCCAAUAAAUGGACCAAAAUUCUAGGCAUUUUAGCCAUGAACUGUUCAUGUCAAUUAUUUUGCCUACAAAUACCCAUAAAAGGAAAGGGAGGAUAUGAGGAAGGAAAAGAACAGGAAGUCUACACUGGAGCUUCCUUUUGUGUCACCAAUAAAGCCAGAAGCUGACAUGUGAGGCACAUGGUUCCCCCUUGGUUACUGGCUUCAAUGAUAGCUUUGGAAAGUAGGGAACCUUGAAAGAGCAAGGACCAAAGCUGAGAUGAGUGAGGAACCUGAAUGCAACCUUAUAUGUGAAGUCCUGAUAUCCACAAGGAACCUGGCCCCAUGUCAUUCCUGCCCAGGUCCUUCAGAUUACAGCACCCAAGGAGCCCUUGAUCAUCACCCUGGGCAGAGGGAGUGACUUAUCACACCACCCUUACCCACAGAAUUUAGGCCACCAGGCUGUGACUCCAUCUGUCCCCCUUGCAGUAAGAGAUUCAUAGUCUCUGAAAUCUGACAGGAGAACAGCGUCAGGGGAAGAGGCCACAGGAAUGCGAAUUUGUUGAGCUGCCUGCUCCUCUAGGAUAAGUAUAUUACCUGUUUCCAGAGGGGAUUGUUUUGUUUUUCGAAAUGAAACAAAACAUGCCUGCCUAAAACUUCAGCCCUAUUCAGAACAGUCUUGCAGUUAACUGUCAUUGUCACAUUUUAAUUGUAAUUGAUUUUCUUUUGAAAUCAAUGGCUAUUUUAAUGCUCCCUUUGACCAUGACAUAAGAACCCUCUGCAAACCAGAGACCUGGCCAUUAGGUUGCCUCUGGCUGAGUUAUACUCUCAGUAGUUUAUACUUUGCUCUCAGAUAUUCACCCUAACAGCACAACUACACAGAAUUUGAUCUCUUUGCCAUGAGCAUUCUGAUGCCUAUGUACCUCCCUAAUGCACACACACAAUCUUAACAAAUAGAUCCAAAUUUCCUAUGUCAAUCAUGUUAUGGUAGAUGAAAGUGUUCAUUUAGAAUGGGAUAAAGAGACAUAUCAUAAUUUAUGCAGCCAGUGUUUUCUCUUUGCUCUACCUGGCUUGUGGAUCAUGGAUCCCUCAAGGUUUGACAGAAAUAUUCAGCCUUCAUGUGAAGGCAGCAUGUUCUUUGUGAUGGAACAACCUAGUUAUUGUCUUCAUUUUCCCAUUUUACCCUGUGGAAUCCAUGUGGCCUUCUAAGGUCCUGUUGAUGGACUGGUACUAAGAGGAUGGAGAAGCAGAAGCCAGUCCCCCUGAGAACAGACAGUCCUGUUGCUUAGAUACAUACAUAUUCGCACAUGUGCCCACAUCUCUUCUUGGAAACAUCAUGAGCAGAGGUGGAGAGGUCUGUUCUCAAUGGGAGGAAUAAGGAUAAGAGAAUUCCUUGAGAAUCCCUAUUCUCAAGGAAUAGGGAUAAAUGCCUUCACGGAUUCAAUAAUUUAUCUGUUCUCUCUCUCCCAGGGUCAGGAACAAGAAAAAUAUCAAGGUUUCACAUAGGCAGGAAGCAAGGAGGAUAGUGAAGCAUCCAGGUGGAACUCUUACUGAGAAAAACAUGAAGUAGUAAAAUCACCCUUUCUUUGAUAUAAAUGCAUUUGGAAGUCAAUGAGGGCACUUACAGCUGUGUUUCCCUUCACUAACUUUUCAUCUCUUGCAUUCUUUACUUCUCUUUCUCAAUUUAUUCAUCUUGAGGUAUACUUAUCCUGAGUUGACUCUGAGCAGCCCAUCCUCAAAACACAAACAAUGUUAGGAUGAGAAGUUGAGUGAGCACAGAGCUCGAACACGUGCAUGGUACUUAAUGUUUCCAAACCCGAGCCCAAUCAGUCUAGCACAGUCAAUCCCACUGCAUUUUAAUGACUAGGAUGGGGCCUGCUGUACAUAGCUGGACAUCUUGGAUUACAGAAAAGAGGCUUUAUGUGAAGGCAGCAUUUUCUUUGUGGUAGAGCAACAUAGUUAUCCUGCUAACUGUCCUAUUUGACCUGGUGGAAUCCAUAAGGUCCUGUUGAUGGGUUGGUUCUAAGAGGAUGGAGAAGCAGAAGUCAUUCUACUGAGAACAGACAGUCCUGUUGCUUAGAUACAUACAUAUUCUUUAUGACAGGAUUCCUCCUGAGACUCUUGCACACCUUCAGUGAUCAGCGCAUUCACUUUGGUUAUUUCUUGGUAACAGGCACGAGAAAUGGGUCACAUAGAAAUCUGAAGAGUCAUUUCUUGAGCAUUUUUAGCUUAUUCCCAUGUAAAGAGGCACUGAGCUCCUGCAGUUCUAGCCUGCCUCUGCUCCCCUCCUUGGGGAAUGGUGGAGUUUCUAGGAUAACCAGCAACCCAUUAGGCUCCACCACACUUAGCCUAUGGUACAUUCUGAGUAAAUCACAGUAGUUGGUAUGUGAAUACAGGAGAAUUUACCAUAACCACUUCUCCAAAUAACCUCCUUUGACUUGGAAAUAAGAUCAUCUUUCCAUUUUACAGAUGAGAAGUCAAAGCACAAAAUUGGAUAAUUAGCCAAAAGUAAGAUUAUACAGAAAAUUCUUGACAGAACCAAAACUUGGCUGAACCAAAACUUGUCCAAAUUUCUAACUCUCAGUCUAGCUCAGCGAGUAAUGCUGCCUGAAUUGUCUGCCCCCACUGUAGGUUUUCAGCAUCUAGCAGUGGAGAAAAGUCACGAAAUCUAGGCAGCUGAUGUAGCCAAAUCUUAUCUAUGAAAUUUCCCUUUGUAGACACACACACACACUCCACAUACAUCUACAGAGACAAGUCAAAAAGAGCAAGAAGAAAGCAAAAAUUUGAAAAUCAGAAAGGUUAGAGAGGUUUCCACGGUGAAGAAAACUUGGUCAAAUAAAAAUGUUUUUGAAUUCUAUAGGGUAAGAUAUUGUGAAUAAUUUUUUAUUAUUAAAAUUUUUUUUAGGUAGCAUGUAAUCCACAUAAAUAAAAAGCUCAAGAAUAAACUGGGACAGAGGAUUUCUUCCAGAGUGCUACAUGGCAAAAGAGCCUUCAGGAACGUGUGCAGGGGAGUCAUGAUACUCCGAAGGUGUCAGUAGUUUUGGUCAGCCCACAGUGAGCAGGGCAGCCUCAAGGGAGAGCCCCUUACAUCUUUUUCUGGGCACCUCUGUCUAAUUAAGUUCAAACAUACAAGCCUGAUUCUAGGAUUAAGGCAUAAGUUAGUUCUGAACAGAAAAAUAUAAGGCAGUUCACAUACACAAUGAAUUCUUGAAGAAAGAACCUAUAGCCCCCAGACCAAUAAUAAAUAAUUACUGCCUGCCAAAAUCCUGAAGAAAGGGAAGCAUGGGGGCUCCAAAAUUAAUAGUCUCCUGAGAAUACUUAUGAGACCUUGAUUUUGUCACAAGGUUGCAAUGGUGUAUUAUUUAUUAAGCACCCGCAGAUCAGAGAAUCUUGCAACAACCUUCUCUUACAACCCACCUGUUCACUUAUGAAUGAUAUCAAGCUCAGGAUAUAAUCCAUCUUUCCAAAGAUUUUAGUAUCUUUAGUUUGGGCUGCAGAAGAAAUUUUGGCUCACAGCAUUAUGCUUAUACCAAAAACAGUGAAAGAGCUCUAGUGUCCUGCUUAAUGUAGAGUAACUUUUUUUUUUUUUACCAGUCCUUCCUAGCCCUAGAGGGAAGAUAGGAGAGGAGGUAGGAAGAUGGAAAAGUCCUAAGAUGAAUGAGUGAGGAGUCUUCUAUACCAUCAACUUCAGAGUGUACUGAUCCCCCGAGCCUGGUUCAGGAGGCUGGUUUCAGAUGAUCAGAGGAAACGGAGGAGGUAGCUUUUAUUCCCAUGCAUGAAGAUGGGGGGAGGAGGUGGGCACUAGACUAAUUUUUUAAGCUAAAAAAAAAUCAAGCCUAUUACAAAUCUCAUUUUUCCCUUGUCCUUUUGCCUCCCAAUAAUUCACAUAAAAUCGUGUUAUCAUAGUAAGCUAAGAGAGAGGGGCAGUAGCUAUUUCUACCUUGACUCCGUGGUGACUUCAUCUUUUUCACGAGUGUCAUUACAGAUACCUGGAUCAUGAUGAUCCUGAAAAACGGGUCACAGGGCCAACAGCUGAUGAGUAUUUGGAGCAUCUUAUUCCCCUAAGAUGACCACUCCCUGUCUUCUGCUACACCUAUAUUCAUCAGGGGGAGGUGGGAAAAUAGCAGGAUUCUUGGGGACUCUGAGGGCAUGAAUGGAGAAUUAUUUGAUUGAAACCACAGAGCUCUUGUACUUAGUAUUAAAUAUUAAAAUAGAAAUGAAAAGUUCAGCUUUUCUGAGCUGUACCAUAGUGGCCAAUGGAGGAAGUCUUACAAAGAAAAUCUAUAUCUGCACAAGACUGAAGCCACUAAACCGAGUAUACACAACAUAAAGAUAUCUUCCUAUUUCAAGUAUCCCUUAGGGGGCAUGGGUGCUUAGCUAUCCUAUGAAAGACAGAGAAGAUAAGCUCAAUUUUAGAGCCCAGAGCUUGCUCCUGAACAGCAAGAUCCACAUGAACUUAAACUCUUUCCCACUGAGCCUAGGGGUGGAAUGUAAUUCCUCUGAUGGUUUUGAUUUAUUUCCAAGCUAGACUUCUCUAUUUGAUCAUUGGCACCUUGGCAGCUCACACAUCUCCGUGGUCUCUUCUGUAGCUUUCAGAAAGAAAAAAAAAAAAAAAAUAUAUAUAUAUAUAUAUAUAUAUACACACACACACACACACACACACACACAUACAUACAUACAUAUACAUAACCCUGUUUGGGUAAGGCCUAUUGACAGAAGCCAGAUAUCUGGGUGGAAGUUAGAAGAUGGGAAAGGAAUUCUUAUCUCAGAGUUUCAACACUGCGACAAUGUGGAGAGAAGUCUCCUGGGAAAAUGCAGAUGCCCAAUAACUUCCAAACGAAUCAGGGAAGUUGGAGUAUUUUUGAGAUUUACAGUGUCUUUACUUCAGUAAAACAAGCCAUAGCAACAUUAUGCUCUGCAGAGUCUUCUGUUCACCUUUGGAUGGACAAGAGCUGCUUCUCCUAGGGAGACAAAUAAGACCAAGAACAAAACUCCCAUCUCCUAGGCCAAUUAUUGUUUUCUCCUUUCCUUUCUUUUUUAUUCUCUUUGUUACAUAAUGGUGAAAUCUACCUGGCCAUUGCCAGUCAAACAUUCUAAUUGCUAAAUAUCAUAUAGAAAUUCAUGAAAAAAGAGUAGAAUCAGCAGAUUUCAUUUAAUCCCAAGGGUCUUUGCAGUUUUCAUCCUCUCCCUCAAAGUUAUCUCUUCUUUGAGACACAUGAUCACCCCUUUCCUCUUCUGGGUGGCCAUGAUUCCAAAAUGAAUUUCAGUGGUUGGUGCUUCACAAAAGGAAAGACAGCUAUAAUAUAAAAUAGACCAAAAUACUUAUAUUUUUAGCCACUGCAAAGUGGGUUUUAUCUUUGAGAACCUUCCAAGCUCCUUACUUGGAAACCCUUCCUCACCUCCCAGCCUCCUGGCAGCUCUCCUGGUUCCCCUUCAUGUUUUUGGCUCCCCUCCCCGACUUUCCUUUCCUAUGAAAAUGGGAUAUAUCCCUUAAACUGUAUUCUUAUCUAAACUAUCAGACUGUUAAAAGAAACCCUUGACAGUAAUUUUUCAUGGUUUUCUCAUCAUUUUUUAACUUAGGAAGUUGGAGAAAGAAUGACAAGCAGGCAAAUGAGGUCUUGUUCUGAGUGCUUCAACUCAAGAUCAAGUGCUGGGAUAGUGAGUGCCUCUUAGUGGAGAGGGAUGUGCUCUGGAAUAUUAAGCCACCUCUGAGCAUGUGUCCUGGUGCUUUGGUCGAGAUGCCUGUUGUGUAUGUGGAGGUAUUUUGUGGCUUUUCUUGUUCUCUCUUUUUAAAUUUAUUUCAAGGCACAAGCCCUUUGUGAUGGAGGAUGUCUAGCUUGAACAUGCUGGUAAUGUGACACUAUCCUCAGCUCCCCUUGGCCCUGGGUUCAUAGGAGGCAAGUGUUUCUAAAUUUCUCACCCAGUGAGUUGUUGCAUGUUAUUUUUAACCAUUAAUAUUGUGUGUCUAUUGGAAUGAGAAACAGAAGGUUGAAUGGGAAAUAGAUUCAGUGACAAGCACACAAAAAGCUUGGUUCUGAAAAAUGUUCUUCACUGAGUUGAAAAAAAAAUAAUCUAGAAACAAAGAAGAGGGAAAUUGGGGUAGAAUGGUUUGGUGGUGAAGAGACGAUGACACCCACAUCCAGAUGCUCUGGUGUAUUCCCUCAGAGAUUUGUCAUUCCCUGUGAGCUCUGGCAGAAGGAGAGGCUGUGCUGCCAUUGAUGGCUCAGAAAUGGUGACAGGCUGGCUUUAGAAAGAGAUGUAGGCUUUCUUCCAGACAGACAUUGAUAAGCAUUGUAGCUCGCUUCUUCAAAACCUUGUCUACAAACCUUUAGGGCAGCCCCUCUCCAAUGAUUUCCAUUCUCCAGUCAAGAAGAUUCUGAGUGGAAGAGCCUUGUGUGCAUUGUGAUUACAUUGACUUAAAUUGGGAAGCCAAGGGGCACUGAGAACUGAAUAUAUCAGGGGAAUGGAGUCAGCUGAACCUUUUUUUUUUCAAUAUUGGAAUGAUUUUGGAUCACAAAGUUAGGUCACCUCUGAGAGAGAAAAUCUGUUAAAUAAAAUUAUAUCUUCCCAUCUCCAGUGAAAUCACUAGGUUGUUAAUGUGAUUACUGUUUACUUCAGGAAGAAAAUUGCUAGAUUCGAUUACAAAUAGGCAUUUUACAGAUUGAUUUAAUCCUGAGUCUUACACAUAUUAACAUGGAAUUUACUGACUCAGACAUGAUCUUCUAAGCUAUAAAAUAUUACUGGCGGGUAGUAGAUCAUAUGUUCUAAGCAAACCAGGAAAGCUAAAACGUUAAGUAAUCCUCCCAAAUAUUCAGCGUCUGUGUAUUUCACUAUAGCUGAAGGGGAUUUGGGAGUUAGGCCGCAGGGGAGAGGAGGGACAAAGUGCCAUAUAUUGAUGAAACUCAGAGUAACUUUUUUCUUACCUAUUAAAAAUAAUAAUUAACCCAAGGACAAUUCUCAAACCAGAAAAAUCAUGAAAAGUGAGCUCUGCACUUGCCAUUGGUUAAAAUUUAUAAACACUUAGAAUAAAUAUCCAGGUUUUGGGGGAGAAGUUGUUUCUUUGCUUGCAUUGUUUUGUUUACUGGAGCUCUUAUUUUGGGGAUAUUUGGUCUGUGGCUUCAGAGCAUGUUUUGGAUAAAUGACUUAUCCAUGUUGAUAUUUAUUGAGUGGAAACCCAUGCCAGGCUGUUCUAGGUGCUGGAAUAUAAGAACGAACCACACAAAGUCCAUACCCUCUUGAAGUUUGUAUGUUGAUGAGAAGAAAUGGACAAAAAAGCAAAUCAAUAGAUCUCAUGUCAGAUAGUGCAAAGUGUCAUGCAGAAAAAUGAGGCAGAUUAAGGGGGAUAGAUGAUAGGAUGGGUGUGGGGUUGCUACUUUUGAGUAAGCAAAGAUGACAUUUAAGUAAAGGUUUAGAGGAAAUGAGGGAGUGAGACUUGGGGCUUUCUAUGCAAAGGCAAAGAGAAAGCAAUUGCAAAGGCCCUGCUGUCAAACCAAAUGUUUGGCAAACUUGAGGAAGAGCCGAGAGGCCAAUGAGGCAGAAGGUGAGUAUGAGAGGUGAGGUCAGAGAGGGGGCAAUAAUGCAAGUCAGGUAGGGCCUUGUAGGACACUGUCAGGAUUUGGCUUUUACCAAGAGCAAGAUGAGAAGUUGCUAGAAGGUUCUGAGCAUAGAGUGAUAUGCUCUGACUUCAGUUGAAGAGGAAGCUUUGGGACUGCUGUGUUGAGAGUAUACUGUGAGAGGGCAGACAAUGGAAGUGGCUGAAAGACCGGUUAGGAAGCUCUUGCAAUAAUCCUGGUAAGAGAUCAUAGUUGCUUGGGCCAUGAUGUUAGCAGGGGAGGUGAUAAGAAGCAGUUGGAUUCCAGAAAUGUUUUAAAGAAUCGAUAUCACACAGUUUGCUGAUGAAUUAGACAUUGAAUAAGAGAAAGAAAAAUCUUAAGAAUAACCUUAGAAUGUUUGGCCUGAGCUAUUGAAAGUUUGGAGUUGCCAUUAGUGUAAGACAGGAAUCCUGCAGGUGAGGCUGACUGGGAAGGAAAGCCUUAUAGUUUAAGGUGUCUACAGAUGUUGCAAGUAGAAAUGAUGAUUAGGCAAUUAGAUAUAUGGACCUGGAGUUCAGGGAAAAUGUAUAGCCUGAAGAUACAUAUUUAAAAUUUGUAUGCGUUUGGUUGGUAUUUGAAGCCAUGAUACUGAAACUAGAGAAUGAGUAGCGACAGAAGAGAAUUCUCUAGACUGAGGCCCAGGGUGGAGGAUUGUUCAAAGCUCCAGGAGAUGAGAAGGGACCAGCAAUGGGAGGAGUGGUUAAUGGGUAAAGCAAGUACUAUUAUUGAAUAGGAUAAGACUAUCUGGAAACAUGGAGGUCAUCCCAUUGAUGACCUGGAAGAGAGCUGUUUCAGUGGACUGGUGGGGGCAAAAGCAUGAUGGGAUGGAUUCAAGAAAGAGGGGAAGGAGAGGAGGUAGAGACAACAGGAAUAGGCAAUGCUUUAGGAGUUUGGCUGUAAAGAGGACAUGGAAAUAGCAGAUCAUAGAGAAUGUGACGCCCAGGGAGGGACUUCUUUUUUUAAGAUGGGAAAAAUAACAGCCCAUUUUAUGUUGACAAGACUAAUCCAGGAGAAAGGAAAAAUUGAUGAUGCCUAGGGAGAGAGGACAAUUGCUGGAGUAAUGUCUUUGAUGAAGUGAGAGGGCAUGGGAUUCAAUACAUACAUAGAGGGACUGGCUUCAGGGGACUAACCAGGUUUGUUUGUAUUAAUAGCAGGGAGAUAGUGCAUUUGGGCACAGAUGCAAGUGGGCUGGUAAAUGGGAUAAUGGGAGUAUGCUUUUUCUGAUUGAUUUUUAGUAAACUAUGAAAGGAGUUCAUCAGUUAAGAGUGAGUAUAGGGGAAGAGUAUUGGAGGUUUUGGAAGGAAGAAAGCAUGAAUGAGUCAUAUAGCCAUCCGGCAGGAAGAGUGAGAACAAAAAUGUCGGAGACACCAAAAAUAUAGGAGACAUGCUAGGGGGCACAAAGGAAUUAUUUGAGUUCUUAUGAUCAUGAGUUUAAAGAAAUUUGUUUUCUUCAGUCACCUUCAGCUGCUUAAACAGGGUGGCAAGUCAGAUUGGAACAGGGUUGGGGUAUAACCAGGUGAAUAUAAUGAAAGCAAGAGAUGUGGAGUCAAGGGCAACUGCAGUGCGUUAACUAUAAUGUUUGGUCAUGGAAUCUAAGCUGGGUGUAGAGGAAAGUGAGGAUUUUUAGGGAAGGAGGAACAAUGAAGCAUAUUAGAGGCAGAGGAUUGAGAUUCAAGCUGGGAUCACUCAAUUAGUGAGUCAGAAGCAAUAACCUAGAAAUUAGGAGGUGGGUUGGAGAGGUGGAUGCUUGAGGUUAUGGAGGGCUUGCAGUUAUUGGUGGUUUGGGGGUCUGUUGUUGGGGUGGUGGGCUGAGAUAAGAUAGAGGAAAAGGUUAUAGAAGGAGCAGGGGUCAAGGAACUGAGAGGCCAAGAUAUGGGAAUUAUAUAGAUAUUGAAGUCAACAAAAUGUUGACUUCCAUAUGAUAGGAAUAUAAAUUAUGACAGGAAUGAGGGAGAGUGAUUCGAGAACAUUUCAAUCAUUGCAUCAAGUAAGGGGUGCAGCUAGCCUAGUCUGAUAUGCAUCAAAGCUGGAUUUUAUUGUUGUUGCAUGGUAUUUUUUUUAAAAAGGAGGGAGGAUGGUCUGGAAUGGCAAUGAGGGGCAAGAAGGGCAUCUCCACCUCCAGGCCCCAGGGCAUGAGGAAGGUGCAAGUGGAAAUGCUCACCACCUGGGAGUGAUUCAGGGUCCUCAAAGAGGAGCCAGGUUUCUGUAAGAGCAAGAGGAAAGGAAUUGCCAGGGUUGUGGCUGGUGAUGAACCACUGAUUCUUAGGCAGGAUUUGGGAGUUGGUAAA